AAGUGAAACUUCUUUAGGCGCGUAAUGGAUUUUCGGGGACGGAGUAAAACCGAGUCAGGAUCGACACGAAAAUGCGAGUACCCCCACCACCGCUCACCGUUCACUGUCCCUCUCUCACCAUAUGCGCUUGUUGAGGUGGGGGAGCCGCUCACGAACGUUGUCUCUCUUCUCUUCUUUCCUCUCUCUCAGACACCAGCGAACUGCGCCACGCCAAGCAUUAGCUGCUUGGUUAGUAUACUGCGUCGAGAGUGUAAUACGAGUGAAAUACGUAAUUGAUUGUGGUUCAUACGGUUUGGUACAGAAUUUCAGUGUUAAAAAUGAGUAGUGACGAGAUAGACGUGAUGAACACAUCAGUGGCACAAGAGGAAAUAUCCCCUGAGAAUCACCAAAGAAGAGGAGAGUCUGAUUCACACAGUGAUGACAAUAACAUAAGGAAUGUCGUUAGAAUCAAAGCAAUGGCCAACAGGCGGUACAGACAGCGGAAAAAAGAAUUAAAGCCUCCCAAACCUCAAGCUAAAACGGCAGCAGAACGUUGUAAAGCAUACAGAGACCGUCAAAAACUUCGGCAAUCUGCGGUAGCUGAAGCUAUAACACCUGCUCCAGUUCCAUCAAAAAAACCGAAAAUCGUUCCAAAUUCUACGUGUACUGCGAAUUUAUUGAGUCCCAAUGAUGGUCCAGAAUACGUCCUACAUGCAGCACAAAUACAUAACCAACAUAACCAACAGAAUGUACACGAUGACCAUGAACUCCCGAAUAGAGAAUCACUGAGUGAUGUUGAUUCCGACAUGGAUAUUGGAGAGCAUUUCGAUGGGCCACCGAUAGAAUUUGAUAAUGACUUUGUGCCUCCCUAUAGUGGCUAUGUGAACCACAAAUUUGCACAUAAACAAUUUCAAAAAAUGUUUGUGGAAAAUCCUUUCGGCUAUGCUUGCAGCGUUUGCGAUCGGCUUUGGUUCGAAAAGGAUUUAAAAAAGGCGACAUCCGCUGAUGAAACGUUGCUUAAAAAAAUAACGGUAUGUUUAAAGCAUAAUGUGGAUGUUAUCAUAAUUUUCUUAAUGUCGUAACUCUUAUCAAUGUUUGAAAUUAAUAGUUAACAUAUUUUCCAGGCUCUUGCGAACAUUGCUGAUGCAAAACUAUGUACUACAUGCAAAAGGAGUAUGCAGAAUAAGAAAAUUCCAACGCUAGCGACCUUCAAUGGCUUCAAAUAUCCGGAAAGACCAGCCUAUUUGCCUCAACUCAACCUCAUUGCUGAAAGAUUAAUUUCGCCUAGACUACCAUUCAUGCAAAUACGGCGAAUAAGACACGUUAACGGUCAGUUCUGCAUAAGUGGCCAGAUCAUCAAUGUUCCUGUCUCGGUAGAUAAUAUGGUGAGCGUUUUGCCAAGACAUGUGGAUGACGAUUUUUGCAUCAACGUACACAUUAAAAAGAAAUUAAUCCAUAAGUCGAGUUAUUUGCAAGGGUUGGUGAAAAAAGGCGAAAUUAAAGCUUGGUUACGGUAUCUAGUUGAUCAACCAAUGUAUAAAUUUUAUAAAAUAUCCAUAAAUAACUCUUUUCUCGGGAAUAUUGAGCAAGAUAUUCAAAUAGACUACACGCCUGUACGAGA